UCUUUAAAGUGAGUAAUAAAAAAAUAUAAAGAUUGAAUGCAACAAAACAACAAAAAAAAACUCUGAAAUUCAAUUUUUAAAGAAAAGAAGGAAUAAAUGUAUGAUGGCUGAUAAUUUAGCGAAACGUCCAUCCAAAGGCAUAUUAAAGAAUUCAAGUAGUUUUGAUAAACCAGAAAGUAGUACCAAUGCGUUGGAGAAUCGUAGAAAAUCAAAAGAGACAAAAUGGGACGAAAUGAAUAUAAUAGCUACAUUACAUCCACCGGACAAAGAUUAUGGACAUAUGAAAAUAGAUGAACCAAAAACCCCAUACAAUUAUGAAACAGAUGAACCUCACGAUCAGGAUGAAUUAGAUGCUGGUUUAUUAGCUCAAAAAAUUCAAUCUGGAGGAAGUGCACUGCCAAAAUUUAUGAAGAAACAAGAAGAUGAUGAAUCAGACGACGAGGAAGAUGACGAUUUAACAGAAGAGGAAAAAGCACGCCGUAAAGAAUUUUUAGCCAAAAGGAAAAAACAUUAUAACGAAUAUUAUGCAGUAAAAUUGGCACGAAAGCAAUUAGAAGAAGAAUCAGAAGAAGAGGACGAAGAUGAUGAUGAUGACGAAACUAAAGAAGUUGGUGUCAAGAAAUGCGUUAACAAAAAACGUAGUUGAAACAAGAUUAAGAGUAAGAUUCAAAAAUCAUUUGGUGCAAUUAGUUACAUAUAAUUUUAGAAAUCAUUUUUAAAUAAUUAAUCAAUAUCACUCAAUCAAUCAAUCAAUAGUUUCAUGAAUUUAUUUAUUUAUUUAUUUACUUCCAUGUGAACGAAAACCUUGAACUUUUUAUAAACAAAACAAAUGUGAUUUAAAAAGAAAAUGUUAUAUUUUAUGUAAAAAAAGAGAAUAAUGAAAACAAAAAACUCAUAUUUUUUCUUCCUAAAUAAUCAAAAAACAUUAAGUGUGUUCCAUUUUCGAUCUUAUUUUUAAAUUUGCCGCCAUUUUGUGUAUUAGUUAGUAUGUCAUGUAUUUUGGGCAUGAAGGCUGUAAGAGAAGGAGACUUAAGUCUGGAUCUCGGAUGAUGCAUUCGAUGCCCGGCACUUGUAAGUUCGCUUAUCUGAAUUUGGAAUUCAGAACUUCGUCAGCAAUUAAAAUUUUUUAAUAAUUUUAUCGGAUUUUCUCAUUGAUAAGCUUCAAUCUGGUUCAAAUUCUUCCAGAACAAAUUCAUGAUAGAAUAUUAAUCAAGGUACAUCGAAGAAAACUACUUCGGAACCGAGAGUUUUCUUCCUUUUGCCUUAUAUCUUUUUUUUUAACACAAACUUUCAGGACUACAAAGUAAUAAUUAAAUUUUUUUUUUCAUUAAAAUUCAGAGCGAAACACUUUUUACCAAAAAUACCAGGGCUCACGAGGUCUUCCCUUCCUAAUUAUUUUUGCUAUUAAAUGUUGCGUCGAUUGCGUGUGACCGACAAUUUACUAAACAAUUAUCAAAACGUGAAACCUCCAACGGCUAAGAUCAUUCGAUUGUCAUAACUAGAAAUUGUACCAGGCAAAUUGAAAGUUCGCUGUUAAUGAAUUGUAAAGAUUCAUAUACACUGUAGCUAGAGAAUUCUAGUUGAAUUCUAAGGCCACGUUUACCCUCUAUAAAGGAUAAAAAUAUUCUCUAUUGGUAAAUUUAGUCUAGCUAGAUCAGUAGGGAAUUCGAAAGGUAUACAGAGCCGUGCCAAUAUAAUAUACCUAUUAUAAAGAAUCUUCAAAUCUGGUUAGAGCAACUCUACCGUUAAAGAAACAAAAUCUAUGACGCUAAGCAAGUGCUUUAUUAUAAUAAUCCGUGAUUCCAUUUAUAUCCGCCAUUAUUGUUUUAUUUUGAAAGAAAGUCUGAAAAAAAAAUCAAUUAAAAUUCCAUUAACCUAUGGAAAUUAAAUAGUUCAGAAACGAAAUGCCAAAAUGUUCUUAAUAAUUCUCGAAUUAAUCGUUCGAGGAUUUUUGUUGCUUCGUCGACAUUUUACCAAAAAAGUAUGAGAUAAGAUAUAAUUAACUCUUCGUCUUAACUCUUCGUUUUUUCAAAUUUGUGGCGUGACCAAAUCUGUAUGGAAAUCUAACGUGAUGGACGAAGGUUUAAGGUCUCAUUCAAACAUAGCAGCUUUAUUUUGAAUUUAAAAUAAGAUUGACUCUGACACCAAAAGAUGUUUGUGCAAGUGAAGCACAAACUCAAAAGACUACUAUGACACACGCAAGCAGAAAUGCAAGAUAGCGUUUUACUUGAACAAGGCCUUUAAGACAGUAAAUAAAUGUUCCAUAGGUUAUACUUAAAAACGUUAUAAACUGUCAAUAUGAAUAUUCUAAAUGUGAAUUGGCCUUUAGAAAUUUAAAAGUAUAAGUUCAGUAUUUAAUUAACAAACACCCUCCAAUCCAACAGACACUCCUUUUAUCAUGUG